AUGGACUCUGAGUUUGUGGCAUUGGAAUUGGCUGGCAAUGAGGCCGAGUGGUUAAAGAGCCUUUUGGCAAGUAUUCCGCUAGGAAUAAAACCGACACCUUCUGUGUCGAUGCAUUAUGAUUGCCAAGCUGCAAUAGCAAUUGCCAAAAAUAAAUCCUUUAAUGGGAAGAGUAGACAUAUCCGAUUGAGACAUGAUGUGAUAAAGCAGCUGCUGAGAGAUGGAAUUAUUUCCAUAGAUUAUGUGAAGUCAGAAGUGAAUCUGGCCGAUCCUCUGUCUAAACCUUUGGGAAGAAAAUUAAUAUCUGAAAUAUUGAGGGGAAUGAGAAUUUUGCCAAUUUGA